ACCUCCCAUACUGCUUAGUUUCAAGAUAUGGGUAAGCUUCCUUCUUUUAUUCUUCGUUCACUUGGUAAUGCUGGAAGCCAUCUUUCUAGUUUCCACUCUUUUUCUUCUUCUUCUUCUAACACCAUUGCUACCUCCAUCGAAGCCCUAAGUAAGAAUCCCAUAUCCAUGCCUGUUAGACGAAAGGGAAAAAGAGGCCACCGCUUCGAUAAUGUUGAUCAUGCUUUGAUUUUGUUCAAUAAGAUGAUUGAAAAGUACCCAAAGCCUUCAAUUAUGGAAUUCACUAAAUUAUUAUUAGCACCCAUUGUUGGAAUGAAAUAUUAUGGCAUUGUUGUUUCUAUGUGUAGCCAGAUGGAAUUAUUGGGAGUUUCCCACAAUGCUUAUUCUUUGAAUAUCUUGAUUAAUUGCUGUUGUAAAUUAGGUCGAAUUGAUUUUGGGUUUUCUGUUUUGGGGAAAAUGUUGAAGUUAGGUGUUGAACCUGAUGUUGUAACUUUUUCAACUUUACUUAAUGGACUUCGUAAUCAAAAUAAGAUUUUUGAGGCUGUUAGUAUAUUCGAUGAAAUGAUUGAAAGAGGGUAUCAACCUCAUUUGAUUGCUUACAGUACAAUACUAAAGGGGUUGUGUAAGACCGGCAAUACUGAUAGAGCUGUUAGGUUUCUAAGGCCGAUGGAAAGCAGAGGUUCUGAACCUAAUAUUGUAGCAUAUAAUACUAUCCUUGACUGUCUUUGUAAGAAAGGGUUGUUGAAGGAGGCUCUCGAUCUCUUCUCCGAAGUGAAGGUUAAGGGCAUUAGACCAAAUAUCAUUACUUAUAGUUGUUUAAUUCAUGGUAUGUGUAAUUCGGGCCAGCAGGAGGAGGCUACAAGGCUUUUGAAUGAAAUGGUGGAUAACAAUAUUUCAGCAUAUAAUGUAUUGAUCGAUGCACUUUGUAAGGAGGGGUUGAUUUCUAAAGCUGUAGAAACUAUUGGCAUAAUGAGAAAGCAAGACAUUAAGCCCAAUAUUGUCACGUGUAAUACAUUGGUUGAUGCACAUUGCAAAGAAGGGAUGGUUUCUAAAGCUGAGGAUAUUGUUGCCGCAAUGAUAAAGCGAGGCAUUGAGCCUAAUGUUGUUACUUAUAAUAUAUUAAUCAACGGUCAUUGCUUGCAAAAUAAAAUGGAUAAAGCUAGAAGAGUUUUACAGUUGAUGAUUGAGAAGGGUUGUGCACCUGAAAUAGUUACUUACAGCACCAUGAUCAAUGGAUAUUGCAAUGGUAAAAGGUUAGACGAAGCAAUGGAACUCUUUCAUGAAAUAUCUCGAAAGGGACCAAUCCUGGAUACUGUCAAAUACAACACUCUCUUGCAGAUUAUGUUUCAGUUAGGGAGAGUUUCAACUGCCUGUAAACUGUUUAGAAAGAUGCUUGCUUCUGGACAAAUUCCAGAUAUAGUGACCUGUUUGAUUUUGCUAAAUGGUUUAUGCAAAACAGGUCAUAUCGAAGAGGCAUUGAAACUUUUUGAAGCAAUGCGGAACAGUGGGUUGGAACUUGAUAUUGUCCCAUAUACUAUCCUAAUUGAUGGGUUGUGCAAAGUUGGGCAUAUCACGGUUGCAAAAGAAUUAUUUCAUCAACUCUCAGACAAUGGUUUAAAACUGAAUGUUUACACAUAUUGUAUAAUGAUUAAUGGGCUAUGUAAAGAUGGAUUGCCAGAUGAAGCAUACAGGUUGUUUGGGAGCAUGGGAGAUAAUGAUUGUUCGCCUGAUAGCUGUUGUUAUAAUGUAAUGAUCCGGGGGUUCCUUCGAAACAACUCUACCUCAAAGGCAACACAACUUCUUACAGAAAUGGUCGGUAAAGGCUUUUCUGCAGAUAUAUUCACUGCCACCUUAUUUACGGAUUUCAUCGUACACUCUAAUAGAUCAAUCUUGCUCUGAAAUGUUUCACAAAUUGUGUAAAGAUCAUCACUUGCAAAUGUUAAUCAGUUUGUUUGUACAGUGAUAAAAGAUUCUUGAAACUAGAAUGAGUUUUAGUGUCUAUUUUCAAUAUUGUUGUGUAGUAAGUGAGAAUGUUGCUAAGAAAUUAGGGGAAAAUCAAUAUCUGUUGCAAUGACAAUAGCAUCAGUUUAACUAUCGUUAGAAGUGUAGAAUUCAAUCAAAUUUAGGGUGUUUGAUUAACUGAAAAUAUUUUUCGGAAAAUAAUAUAAUUUUUUGAAAAAUGUAAUAUAUAUAUUUAAUGUUGUAUUAUAUCUUUCACUUAAUUAUGCACUUUGCUUUCAUGUUUUCUUUUUACUGAGGGCAAUGUGAUCUUUUCACCUCAACUCACGAUAUUGCCUUAAAAACUUUGUAUAAAGAGUCACCUUAGUUUUAGGAUAGUUUUUGUUAGUUUAUUUUCAUUGUUCUUAGGAAGGAAUAUUAACUUACGAUCCGCUUGUGGAUUACAAUUAAUUUUAGGUUUACUUAGUUUUAUUUAUUUAUUUCUCUUUUGAUGCUUCAUUUGACUAUUUUAUUGUGGUUGGAAGUUUGGUAGGAUUAAGGACUAAAUUUGCAAUUUAAUUUUUUUAUUUGCACCUAUGCCAUUAAUUUUAGGUGACAGAUAGCUUAACGAAAAUUUGAAGGGAAAGUAGAUUGAAAGCCAGUCAUUUACCUAUGCUAGCGAUCUAAUCGAGAGGUUAUCCUAAAUUGAUUUUAGGUAAAAACUUCAAAUUAAAGACCUUGAUAACCAAGGGUGAUUAUUUUGGUAUGUUUUUAUUUGUCCCUAUUCAUCCUUAAUUAUGAGGGCAGUUUUCAUUUUCAUCCUCAUCCUGAAAACUUUUCAAAGAAUUAGGAAUGACAUAAUAGUCCCAAAACCACCAAAAUUUGUAGUGAUGGUGAAAAUAAUUAAAAAUGAGUGUUGUAGUUGGUAUCAUGUCUUAUUUCUCAUUUAUUUGGGUUGCAAAUUUCCAAUUUGAAAGUGAUGUAGAGUUGAAAUUUGGAUAUCUAUUUGCUUUAGUUUCAUAUUUAUUCUUGAAUUUAAUCUUGACCUCUUAUUUUGAUUAAUUUCUCUUUUCUUUUAAUG